AUGUCAGUCUCCCGCCUCCACCUACAGCUUUUCACACCCCCGCACACAACCUUCCACCACACCAACCACCUCCCAUCUCCCACCCUCUCCUUCCCCCCUCGCCGCUUCCCCAUCAUCCGCACCUCCUCCACAACAUCCCAAAUAAUAACCUCCGACUCCAACGGAGUAUCACCAGGACUCCCACCAGAUCUCGGCUCAAUCGAAGUCGACGCCGUCACCGAAACAGAACUAAAAGAAAACGGCUUCCGUAGCACCCGGAGAACCAAACUCGUCUGCACUGUCGGACCCGCUACCUGCGGGUUUGAACAGCUUGAAGCUCUUGCCGUUGGAGGAAUGAACGUUGCGAGAAUCAACAUGUGUCAUGGGACUAGAGAGUGGCAUAAAACCGUUAUCGACCGUGUUCGAAGACUUAACCACGAGAAGGGAUUCGCGGUUGCGAUUAUGAUGGAUACUGAAGGUAGUGAGAUUCAUAUGGGUGAUCUCGCUGGUGCUUCUUCUGCUAAAGCUGAAGAUGGUCAGAUCUGGACUUUCAGUGUUAGGGCGUUUGAUUCUUCUCUUCCACUUCCACAUCGGACCAUCAAUGUUAACUAUGAGGGUUUCGCCGAAGAUGUAAAGGUUGGGGAUGAGCUUUUGGUUGAUGGGGGGAUGGUUAGGUUUGAGGUAAUUGAGAAGAUAGGCCCGGAUGUGAAGUGUCUUUGUACUGAUCCUGGCUUGUUGUUGCCAAGGGCGAAUCUCACUUUCUGGAGGAAUGGUAGUUUAGUUCGAGAAAGGAAUUCCAUGCUCCCUACAAUAUCUUCAAAGGAUUGGUUAGACAUUGAUUUUGGUAUUGCUGAGGGUGUUGAUUUUAUUGCCAUUUCAUUUGUCAAAUCUGCCGAAGUUAUUACUCAUCUUAAAAGCUAUAUUGCUGCAAGAUCUCGUGACAGUGAUAUUUCAGUCAUUGCAAAGAUAGAGAGUAUUGAUUCACUGAAGAACUUAGAGGAGAUCAUUCAAGCAUCAGAUGGAGCUAUGGUGGCACGUGGAGAUUUGGGAGCUCAGAUACCUUUGGAACAGGUUCCUGCUGCUCAACAAAGGAUUGUUCAAGUUUGCAGGCAAAGGAAUAAACCUGUUAUUGUGGCCUCUCAGCUACUUGAAUCCAUGAUUGAGUAUCCUACUCCUACAAGAGCUGAAGUAGCAGAUGUUUCUGAAGCAGUGAGGCAACGCGCUGAUGCUUUGAUGCUUUCUGGUGAGUCAGCAAUGGGCCAGUUCCCUGACAAGGCCUUGACUGUAUUAAGGAGUGUCAGUUUGAGAAUCGAGAAGUGGUGGAGGGAUGAGAAACGCUAUGAAGCUACGCAACUUCCCUCAGUUGGGAGUUAUUUUUCAGAAAAAAUAUCUGAAGAAAUCUGCAAUUCAGCUGCAAAGAUGGCCAAUCAUUUAGAGGUGGAUGCACUUUUUGUUUACACGAAGACAGGGCACAUGGCAUCUCUAUUGUCACGUUGUCGACCCGACUGUCCAAUCUUUGCUUUUACUACCACUCCGUCUGUCCGAAGACGUCUGAACCUCCAGUGGGGCUUGAUACCUUUCCGUCUUAGCUUCUCCGAGGACAUGGAAAGCAAUCUCAACAAAACAUUCUCAUUGCUAAAGGCCAGAAAUUUGAUCAAAUCUGGUGACCUUGUCAUUGCUGUCUCAGAUAUGUUUCAGUCAAUACAAGUGAUGAAUGUUCCAUAA